AUGGGAUCGUCCAACAUUUUCGCAAAUGAUCGUCCCCCGAAGCGGGGGCGCACCGAUGCAACCGCUGAAAUCCUCCAGAAAAAGAAAGACACCUUCCCCAAGUAUCACGUCAUCCACUGUGAGAACACCGACAAAAAAGUCCGUAACAUUUCACCUUUCCUAGUGUCAAGGUGUCUCACUGAGACCAUCGGAAGCGGCUACAAAGCCACGAAGAUGGCCAGUGGGGACCUGCUGGUUGAAGUUAAAGAUAAGUCGCAAUAUCAAAAAUUGACGAACCUUGUAGCGUUUGGGGACCAACCGAUAACUGUCACCGCCCACAGAACAAUGAAUACGGUGAAGGGUGUCGUGUCAGACGAUGACCUCAUGGACCUUACUGAUGAUGAACUCCUGGCCGGCUGGAAGGAUGAGAAUGUUGUACAGGUACAACGAAUAAAAAUCAGACGAGACAACAGGGAAAUACUCACUAGGCACAUAAUCGUCACCUUCAACUCUAGCACACUCCCAGACGAAAUAGAAACAGGCUACUUGAAGUUGCACGUCAGACCAUACAUUCCGAACCCAAGGCGCUGCUUCAAGUGCCAAAGGUUUGGCCAUGCAUCACAGAGCUGCCGAGGGCAGCUUACUUGUGCUAAGUGCAGCGCUACGGGACACUCUGCUGAUGACAACUGCAAUGCUGAAGCUCACUGUGCAAAUUGUGAUGGUGACCACCCGGCGUACUCGAGAUCCUGCACAGCUUGGAGACAAGAGAAGGAGGUCAUCACUAUCAAAUAUAAGGAAAACAUAAGCUUCCGCGAAGCCAGACAGCGUCUCUCACCGUACCUUGCUAAAGAAGUCAUCAUUCGCCGAAGUGGUGCAACGGGGGCCAGCACCACAACGGCAUCAGGCGGCCGUCCAGGCCACGCGCAGUGCGCUGAGGCGACCGCCCCUCGCCCCCACGGUGGGAGCAGCCACGGCUGCCCUACCCUCCCCUAA